AUGCCCUCCCAAGUCCCUUCCAUCCAACUCCACGGGCGAACCUACAAAGUACCCCAACGAGCAACAGUAGUCAUCUGCAUCGACGGCUUCGACCCAGAGUACCUCGCAGCAGGAAUAGAAGAUGGAAUUCUCCCAAGCAUGGCCUCGUUCCUCGAAUCCGGGUUCCACACCACAGCAAACUGUGCAAUGCCCUCCCUAACAAACCCAAACAAUCUAUCCAUCAUCACCGGUGCCCCAACAAGCAUUCACGGUAUCUCAGGCAACUAUUACCUCGACAAACAAACCGGCGAAGAACACAUGGUCCUCGACGACUCGACCAUGCACGGAACGACCAUCCUAGCCAAAAUGGCCGAUGCAGGCGUCCGCGUCGCAGCCAUCACAGCAAAGGAUAAACUGAGACGACUCAUCAACCACGGGCUAUCACCUUCCAAGGGCUCGAUCUGUUUCUCGGCGCAGUGCGCGAAUGAGUGUCUGCAGUCUGAACACGGUAUCCAGGACGUGGAGAAUUGGCUGGGCAAGCCAACUCCAGCUCAGUACUCGGGUGACUUGUCCCUUUUCGUCCUCGACGCAGGUGUAAAACUUCUUCAGGAAGACCGGGCUGAUUUGUUCUACCUGACGCUUUCGGAUUACAUCCAGCAUAAGCAUGCGCCGCGCUCACCCGAGUCGAAUGAGUUUAUGCGGGCGAUUGAUGCACGGCUCGGCGAGCUGGUCAAGUUAGGCGCCGUGGUGGCUGUGACGGGUGACCACGGGAUGAGCGAUAAAUCCGCCGAAGACGGCUCGCCGAACGUCCUCUUUCUGGAGGACUUCUUGAACUCGAAAUGGCCGGACUGCCAAGCCAGAGUCAUCUGUCCCAUUUCAGACCCCUUUGUAAAGCACCAUGGUGCCCUGGGUGGUUUUGUUCGGGUGCAUCUGGGUGGGAACGAGGGCAAGAAGCCAGCGGUAUGGGAGAUGGUCGCGGACUGUCGCAAGUUGCCGGAGGUCGAGAUGGCGCUGACGGGUGAAGAAGCUGCGGCUUCUUUUGAGAUGCCGCUGGAUAGGGAGGGUGAUCUGGUUAUUAUGUCGAAGAAGGAUUUUGUGAUUGGGAGUAGGAGUGACAAGCAUGACCUUUCGCAGUUGGGUGAGCAGCGACUUCGUUCGCAUGGUGGGUUGUCUGAGCAGCGAAUUCCAUUGUUGAAGUCUACCGCUGUUCUGCCUGGUGUAUUGGCCGAGUGGAAGAGGUGGAGGAAUUUUGAUAUAUUUGAUCUUGUUCUUAAUUGCUAG